GGAUUAAGGGAGGGGACUGCUGGCGUCAUAUCUCCCGCCUGCGCUCUUUCCAUUCUCUACAUCUGCAGGGGGUGGGGUUGGAAGGGACGUCGUUAUAUAAGGACCAGCUCUCACUUGCUUUUGUCACUGGCUGUUUUGCUUUUUAGGAAACCAUGUCUGGCCGCGGCAAGGGCGGGAAGGGCCUGGGCAAGGGCGGCGCCAAGCGCCACCGCAAGGUGCUGCGCGACAACAUCCAGGGCAUCACCAAGCCCGCCAUCCGGCGGCUGGCCCGGCGCGGCGGCGUCAAGCGCAUCUCCGGCCUCAUCUACGAGGAGACCCGCGGGGUGCUCAAGGUGUUCCUGGAGAACGUGAUCCGGGACGCCGUCACCUACACGGAGCACGCCAAGCGCAAGACGGUCACGGCCAUGGACGUGGUCUACGCGCUCAAGCGCCAGGGCCGCACCCUCUACGGCUUCGGGGGCUAAGCUCUGAUUUCGUCACCAGAAAAUUGCAUUUCAUAACCAAAGGCCCUUUUCAGGGCCACCCAACCGUUCAAAAAAAGGGCUGUCUUGAAAGACCCUCCGCUGUAGUUAAACUUUCUAAUCUAGAAAUCUAAUGACUGAAUCCCGUAAGAUUGCAGGAUUUUUGGAAGUAAAACUCCGUACGAAAUCCGUAUACACCAAAGGAACUCCCUUAGCUGAACAGUAUUUAGCCCGCUCCUCUGUCCCCAUUCGCUGCAUACGAGUAAGGGAGGAAUGAUACUCCAAUUCAAAAGUGGGGAAGGACCAAAUAGAGUGGGGAACUUGCAAUGAUUUCCAGGAACAAAGAGGAAUAUUGUCCAAUCAGAAAGUCCCAUCCGUGGUUGUCAACCAAUCAGAACUGAUGAUCUCAUGUGCCUUCCCCCCCCACCCCCCCAAGCCGCCAGGC